AUGGCCGAGUGGUCUAAGGCGCCAGACUCAAGCAGUGUGCUUCGCACGAGUUCGAUGUGCGACUGGGGUGUUCUGGUAUCGUUAUCGAUGCGUGGUAAUGGGGAUGAUAACAAUACUUGUACUGAUGUUGCUAAUGAUAAUAAUGUUUUUGUUGAUGAUAAUGAUGAUGAUGAUGAUAAUGUUGUUGUUGAUGAUGAUGAUUGGAGCACACAAUCACAAACAGAAACAGGCGACAAUCCAGAGCAGCAGCCGUUUGGUGUGUACCACUCAUCACCCCCAUCAGAGCAUCUGUGGUGGUGGAGCAGGACGAAGAAGAAGAACGAAAAACUACUCCGUCGUCCAGCAGCGCUUUUCCAUGCACGGCAGCAGCAGCCUGUUUGGGAGGACAUUGUUGAAAUUGCUGAUGUUAAUUGCCACUUUGAUUGCUACCAAAAAAGGUAA